AUGAAUCAAAAAGAAGCUCGGACUACUUUGGUUCCUCGAGCACCUGCUUUACCUUUCGUAUAUUCCCCCCCGCCUUCCUCGCUACUGCUCGAGUCUCGUUAUGAGCCCAUGAAACUCUCCCGCAAUCGCCAGCUGUGCUGCUCAGGUGCAGAACUCGCCACUCGACGAGACGACAAGGACAAAUUGCAAGUUGUCAUCAUCCUUGACAUCCUUUAUUACGCCUCUAAAUGUCAGAAGAACGAGUUUGUCAAGCUCAUUAUGGGUUCAACCGGCGUAGAUACCUAUGUACAAGCCUCGAAUCACGGAUCAAGCUACGUCUGGGGCUACUUUCCUGCAGAGGCGGUCAAUGACCUUAACUUGAAUAUCGCACUCCAAGUGAUACUUGACAACAAGGUUCAUGACGAGCUUUUCAUUGGAAUAGUCCGUAAGUCGUCAGAACCAUCUCCUAUCCCCAGAAAAACGACUCGAAAGAAAAGUGCCUCUAAUUCGAUGAGACAAGUGGACUCGAGUCUCGAGAGACGGAUGGCAGCCAGUGCAGAUCUCCAACUUGCUCAGGAGCUGUUUCAUGGACCUGUCGCACUUGCUGGCUACACGAAACUACAGUUCGAGCUCCUCGGAGAUCUUCUCGACGCACAGAAAAACUGGACAGAGGCAGAGAAAAGGGCAGGAAGGCGUCUCGUCUGGUUUAAGCGUGCGCAGCUUGGAGCGGCUGUCCGCCUCGAGUCGGCAAUCGCCGAGACCGCCCCAGAAUCCAAAAGCCCUUCGGUCGUAAUUUCGUGCAUUCAAUGGCCAAACGAACCUGGAUAUUUCUUCGUGACUUCGUUCGAUGUCAUUCGACUGCUCGAAUUCGCGCUGCAAACAAGAAUGACCACAGAGGUCAAGAACCGAGCGAGAAGAAAUAUGGCUAGCGUGACUUCGAUCACUCUCCCAAGAGUGAAACUCCUAAACGUAGCGGAAACUGAUUUCCAAAACGAUCCAUAUUCUUUGGUCAUGAGUUUCGAAUCGCCAAAGCCACGGUCCAUCGAGAAGAGCCUCAAAGUUUUCGAGUGGGGCAACUUGGAGCAGUGUAUGUACAAGGUGCUCAGUCGAUUUGUUUUGCGGCUUCCAAAUGCAGACAUUCCAAGCAAAGCGACAAUAUUCGAGCAUAUAUUAGAUGUGGAAAAGCGUAUCACACGAAAAAACCGGAGAUCAGGUGUCAAUAAACUUGCAGGACGAGAUACUCUUCGUCAAUCCGCGGACUAUGUCUAUCGGGACUCACCAGACAUAGGUUGUGAUGAAAAGUACACAGAAGAAACGAAUGAUGUCAAGAAAGAACGUUCACCACCCAUGCCUGUAAUUGCUCAUGCUUUCGGGAACAUCGCCUGGGGUUCUACCUCCGGUCUCAGGCGACCCGCAGAAUCCACUGUCUGCACAAUACAUCCAGAAGUGAAGAGACGAAGAAUCAUUUCACAGGAAGGGGCUUUGGAGCCUAUCGUAAAAGUCGAGACAUCUGCGCCAGGGUCGCCCUCUACUCUUUACAGCAUCUCGAGCGGAAGGAGAAGCACUCCCGAAUUAGAUUUUCAAGUUAUUAUGAAGAAUCCCGUUAUGACGAAUGCCACGCCACAAUAUUCAAGUCCGGACCCUCUUGUUAUGCAACCAACGGCCAUCCUGCACCCACUAGCGUAUCACCAUUCGCUAGGCAGCAGUAUCGUACCAGGCCAAUUGUCUCCCCCGAUUUUGACCACUCGAAUGGUCAGGACCCCACCGCCCUACAUCACUAACCCUACUGCUUCAACAACCGGAGGAGCAAUAAUCUUUCCCUUUACGGCCACAGCUUCUCGAUUCUUGGUCGCACCUAUGCUCGCUCCACAGUCGAUUCGCCUAGGGGAGUUGUCGUUUCUCACGUCUGGAGGUCUUCUCGGCGAGGCACAGGAGACAAACUUUUCAAACGAGAUUGACACAGACGAGUGGCUGGAUAAUGACUACAUAAUGGCCCUGGAAAAGGAGGUUUGA